UAUGACCGACUGGAGGCUGUAUGGCCCCUCAGGGGGAGUGUCUGUCCAGCCCCUCUUUGCAUUCUACACAGCCUUCAUACAGAAGUAUGUAAAAACCAUCACAGCAGUACUGCACUGCUUCUGUGAGACGCAGGGCAGAUUUCCAAACCAUUUGCACAGCAGUAGUGCAGAGUUAAACUUCCUCCAGGAGGCUUUUACCUGCACCUCACCUGAGCCGCUGGAGCAUGGACAGCGCAGGGAGAAAAGUGGUCGUCUGCGACAAUGGGACAGGGUUUGUCAAGUGCGGUUUUGCUGGGUCCAAUUUUCCUGAGCACAUCUUCCCAGCACUUGUGGGCCGACCUGUCAUACGCUCAGACACUAAAGUUGGCAAUAUUGUAAUUAAGGACCUGAUGGUUGGGGAGGAGGCCAGUGAAUGCCGGUCCAUGCUGGAGGUCUCCUACCCCAUGGAGAACGGAAUGGUACGGAACUGGGAGGACAUGAUCCACCUGUGGGACCACACCUUCGGACCAGAGCGUCUCAACAUUAAUCCGUCAGACUGUAAGGUCCUGCUGACAGAGCCGCCGCUGAACCCUCUGAAGAACCGGCAGAAGAUUGCAGAGGUCAUGUUUGAGACCUACAAGUUCCACGGCAUCUACAUUGCCAUCCAAGCUGUGCUGACGCUCUAUGCACAGGGUCUCCUGACUGGUGUGGUGGUGGACUCAGGUGAUGGUGUGACUCAUAUCUGUCCAGUCUAUGAGGGCUUCUCCCUCCCCCACCUCACUCGCAGACUGGACAUCGCAGGACGUGACAUUACACGCUACCUCAUCAAGCUGCUGCUGCUGAGGGGCUACGCCUUCAACCACUCCGCAGACUUUGAGACGGUCCGCAUGCUGAAGGAAAAGCUGUGCUUUGUGGGUUACAACAUCGAACAGGAGCAGAAACUGGCCAAUGAGACAACCUUCCUAGUGGAGUCCUACAUGCUACCAGAUGGACGCACAGUGCUGGUCGGGGGAGAGAGGUUUGGGGCCCCUGAGGCACUCUUCCAGCCACACCUCAUAAACGUAGAGGGGGUUGGGGUGGCCGAGCUUCUUUUCAACACCAUCCAGGCUGCUGACAUCGACCUCAGGGCAGAGUUCUACAAGCACAUUGUCCUGUCUGGUGGGACAACCAUGUACCCUGGGCUGCCAUCCCGACUGGAGAGAGAGAUCAAGCAGCUGUACCUGGAAAGAGUGCUGCGUGGAGACACAGACAAACUCUCGAAGUUCAAGAUCCGUAUAGAAGAUCCUCCUCGCCGUAAGCACAUGGUGUUCAUGGGUGGGGCCGUGCUGGCCAACAUCAUGAAAGAUAAAGAGUCAUUCUGGUUGUCGAAAGCAGAGUAUGAGGAGAAAGGGCUAAAGGUUCUGGAUAAGCUUGGUGGAGCUGUGAAAUGAAACCUGAAACUAUGCAGAUAUAAAUGUAAACACUAUACAUCCAAAAGUUUGCAGACACCUGUUUAUUCAAUGUUUCUUUUGAAAUCAAAGGUACUAUUCUGAGAAUGCUUUGCACUGGAUUUUGGGCCAUUGCUGUGAGGACUUGAUUGCAUUCAGCCAGAAAGGCAUUAGUGAGGUGAGAUGAUAAGUUAUGGAUCACAAAUACCACUUUACUCCAGACCUCCAUUACUCCAGAGAACGCAGUUCCUCUGCUCCGCAGCUCAAUGCUUGGGGCUUUAUACUUCUCUAGCUGACUCUUAGCAUUGGGUAUGGUGACCUUAGGCUCAUGUGUGGCUGCUUUAAAGGGUCCAAUUCUAUUGGCAGAGCUUUUCUAAAGACAUUAUACAAGCUGCAUGUGCAGAACUGAAUGCCUCUGUCAAAGGGUGAAGUUUAAGUUCCUGAAUUAACCAAUCAGAAGGGAUGUCUGGAUACUUUUGGACAUAUAGUGUGCAUUUACACAGACAAACACAGUAAACAAAGGGAAAUAUGAGGAUAUUGUGAAAACCCACUAUUAAGUGGGAUAAUCUAAAAGAAAAAUAAAUAAAAAUCAAUAUUUGAAAUUAUAAAUAGAAACAAAAGCACAUUAUAACAUUA